AUGAGGGAAUCCAGUGCACUCCGUUCUAUGCGGGGCCUGCUGCUAUGUUUUUUGGCUGAAACCGAAUACGAUGUGGGUACAAGUAUUCUGAAUGGGUCGUAUGUUUCUACGGUGAAGGAAUGUCUUGGGUACACAUUCAUCAACCAUACCGCCGCAGUGGAACACUUAGGGUUGGCUUACUCUGUCGGUCAGAACAAGACUGGCCGCAACUAUAUGAUAGCUCGAAUGGCUGCCUAUAAGAUUGGCUUGAUAUAUGAACAGGGUGGUUUCGGUGUCGAAUCCAGCGAAAUUGAGGCGGUGAGAUGGCUAGACCUCGCGUCCAAGAUGGGCAACUGCCACGCGGCCAACACGCUUGGAGUGUUCUAUGAAAAGAAAGGAUCGUUCCAGUUUCUCAAGUAUUACGAGCUAGGCACUGCAGUGCCUUGCUCUGACCACAGACCGUUCAAUGAAGAUAAAGAAGCUCAAAGGUGGGGCUGUGCGAAUGCUGCUGCUAAUCUAGCAUACCACUACCAAACUGCUGAAACAAUGGACAACAAGAAGGCCACUGUAUACCUGGAUAUGAUGUUUGAAAUAGGCGAUUACAGGUGGGUGAGAGUAGUACACACUUUGAAUUAG